AUGGGUCGCUCUUCCAUCCACCUCAUACUCUACUUCUUUCUGCAUUUCCUUUCCGCAUCCGCAUUCGUCCCUGAGCAUUUAAUUUCUGAUUUUCCCAGUAAGAAUUCUAGGGGCCUCCGUACAAUCGCCUCUAAUGUUGCUGCUGGAGCCUGGAUUUCCUAUAAAGAAACACACAUUUGCGAGACGACUCCUGGCGUUCGUGCGUUUAGCGGCUACAUCCACCUACUAAGCUAUUUGCUUGAUGAUUUUGGUGGUGCAGCAGAGUAUAAUGCAAGCAUGUUCUUCUGGUUUUUCGAGUCCCGCAACGAUGCGAGGAAUGCUCCACUUUCAUUAUAUCUUGGAGGUGGUCCAGGCACCACAUCGCUUAUGGGAGCAACUUCCGAGAACGGGCCAUGCUACAUCAAUUCCGACUCGAACAGUACGAGACUAAACCCUUGGUCUUGGAACAACAACGUGUCGAUGUUGUACAUUGAUCAGCCUGUCAAAGUCGGAUUCUCUUAUGACUCCCUUGUCCCUAGUGUGCUAGAUCUUCUUACGGGUAAUGUAACACAGGCACAAGGAACUGAGGAAUCAAAUUCUAUAUCAGUUAUUGGCAUUCUUCCCAACCAGGAACCAAGUAGCGCUGCAAACACCACCACAAAUGCAGCAAGAGUCCUCUGGAAGUUCACUCAGAUUUGGCUGCAAGAGUUCCCGGAACAUAAGUCUUCCAAUGACCGAAUCAGUAUUUGGGGAAACUCGUAUGGCGGCCACUGGGUUCCGGGCGCAAUGGCACAUUUCCAGGCCCAAAACGACAAAAUACCUCACAACGGUACUUUGGACGGUGUGCAUGCAAGACAUCUCCAUCUCGACACCCUUGGCUUGACAAACGGGUGUGUCGAUGCCAAAAUUGAAGGCUCAUAUUAUCCUCAAUAUGCCUUCAACAACACGUAUGGCUUACAGACUAUCUCUGAGGAUGUCUACCGCGGCGCGCUCACAAACUUGACUAAGGAAGGCGGAUGUUAUGACUUGAUCGAGCGUUGCCGUUCCCUGGCCAUCUUUGAACUAGGACAGUAUGGAACAAACCACACUGUAAACGAAGCAUGUGCAACGGCGACGCUUUAUUGUUUCCAAUAUGUACAAGGCGCCUUUACAGCUAAUUCUAAGCGGAACCCAUUCGAUAUAUCCCGAGGUUCCAAAUCUCCCCUACUGAUAGAUUAUAUCAUUGGGUACAUGAACCAAGACUGGGUUCAGAAAGAACUCGGUGUACCACUCAACUUCAGCAUUAGUUCCAACGUCAUAACGCAGACAUAUCUAGGGGUUACUGGCGAUCUAGUUCGCGUUUCUAUCGAUAAAAUGAACCGUGUCGCAAAUAGCGAUAUCAAAAUUGCGUUAAUCUUUGGAGAUCGCGAUUAUCGUUGCAACUGGCUGGGCGGCGAAGCGGUCAGUCUGUCUCUCUCAUAUCCCGCAGCUCCCUUAUUUCACGACGCGGGCUAUCAAUCUAUUUUGCCCGUAUCUAACGCCACUUCUCCCGUUCCCAGCGGCAGUGGCAGUGGACUUGUCCGUCAGCAUGGUUCCGUGUCCUUCUCGCGUGUGUUCAACGCCGGUCAUGCUGUCGGCGCGUAUCAGCCUGAGACGGUAUUUCAUAUUUUCGACCGCGUCAUGUUCGACAGAGAUGUCGCCACUGGGAACUUGUCUACCGCAGGAUCCUCAAACUAUAGUUCAAAGGGCUCGGCAAGUAGCUUUGAUGUCAAGAAUCAGCUGCCGAUAGAUGAAGGAGAGCCAAGGUGCUACACUUGGGAUGCCCUGAACACAUGUACGGAGAAACAGUUAGAGCUUCUGCGAAAUGGGACAGCAGUGGUAGAAGAUUUCUUUCUGACUACAAGCUAA